GCAGCGGCGGGUUGAGGGCCCGCAGUGCCCCGAUCCCGGCACCAUGGCUGCCAAGAAGGUUUGCAUCGUGGGUUCUGGCAACUGGGGCUCGGCCAUCGCCAAGAUCGCCGGCAGCAACGCGGCGCGGCUGAGCAGCUUCGAGAACCAGGUGAACAUGUGGGUGCUGGAGGAGGAGGUGGGCGGCCGGCGGCUCACGGACAUCAUCAACACGGAGCACGAGAAUGUCAAAUACCUGCCGGGCCACAAGCUGCCCCCCAACGUGGUGGCAGAGCCAGACCUGCUCAAAGCCUGUGCGGGGGCCGAUAUCCUCCUGUUCGUGGUGCCCCACCAGUUCAUCGGCAACGUCUGUGACCAGCUCAAGGGCCACGUGAAGAAAGAGGCUAUUGGGGUGUCACUCAUCAAGGGCGUGGAUGAAGGACCAGGUGGGCUGAGGCUGAUCUCAGACAUCAUCCAUGAGAAACUGGGAAUAGAAAUGAACGUGCUCAUGGGGGCCAAUAUUGCCAAUGAAGUGGCAGAAGAUAAGUUCUGUGAAACCACCAUUGGCUGCAAGAACAUGAAGCACGGGCAGAUGCUGAAGGAGCUGAUGCAGACACCCAACUUCCGUGUGUCAGUGGUGCAGGAAGCCGACACUGUGGAGAUCUGUGGGGCUCUCAAGAAUGUGGUGGCUGUAGGAGCUGGUUUYUGUGAUGGGCUUGGCUACGGUGACAACACAAAGGCUGCCGUGAUCCGCCUGGGCCUGAUGGAGAUGAUUGGCUUUGCCAAACUCUUCUGUAAGGGCCCYGUCAGCCCCUCCACCUUCCUGGAGAGCUGUGGGGUCGCMGAYCUCAUCACCACCUGCUAUGGGGGCCGCAACCGCAAGGUCGCCGAGGCUUUUGCCAAGACUGGGAAGUCCAUCGAGCAGCUGGAGAAGGAGAUGCUGAAUGGGCAGAAGCUGCAGGGUCCCCAGACAUCUGCUGAGCUGCAUCGAAUCCUCAAGAGCAAGAAUGUAGUGGAGAAGUUCCCCCUCUUCACUGCGGUGUAUCGCAUCUGCUACGAGGGAAAACCUGUCACUGACUUCAUCACGUGCCUCCAGAACCACCCUGUGCACAUGUAAGGGGCUCUGCCUGCAGACCACGGCCCUGCUGAGAUGUGCUGAGAGCUCCUGCCUGCACCCACCUGAUCUGCUGCACAGCCUUGGACAGAGUCUGGGUCUCCUGGGAGCCUUUCACUGUGCUGAAGGGCAGAGGUUCCCUUUCCCAGCCCCAGACACUGCCCUGGACACUGAGCCUGGCACAGAGGUACCUGCUGACCUCUUUCUCUCUUUGAAGGGCUUUGUUUAAUUUCUGCUGCUGUCUGAGGUCUGUCCUGAGCAGGGCUGAGCAUCUUCCUCCUUCUACUUCCUCAUGCCACGGUGGAUUCAGCUCUGGGAAGGACUCUGCCAGGCCAUCAUCAUAGAUAAGGGCUGGGCACUGCCUGGGAGGGCAAACAGUGUCCCAAAUCCCCCCUUUUAGCCCCAUGGGGCCACUCUGGGUGGCAGCAGCUCUUCCCUUUCUGUUGCUGCUUUUGCCUUCCCUGGUUGGUGGAGAGGGCACAAUCCCUUGCCAGGCUCCACCAGCGAGUGAAGCUCCUCAGGUCUUCCAAAGGCACUGAGGGUCUUUCUAAGCAGCACCAGGACAGACAAUGGCAUUCCUUGCCACUCUGCCAUGUGCUGCUUUCCCCCAGCUGCUCCUGCCCACCCAGGGACUCUCUGGAGCUGGUUCAUUUAGAGCUUUUGCUCUCUCUAUCAGACCUAGCCCCAGCCCUGGGCAAUUCCUCUGUUGUCACAGGUUURCCUGUGCUGAUUCCAUGCCCGUUGACUUCUCUGCCUGUCUCAGUUUGUCCUCUGGGGCUUGGCACUGCAGGGACCAAGUGCCCCCAGUCUGUGUGAGCAGCUGGGGGUCUGUGUGACCCCUGCCUUGUACCUGCACAGCAGGUAGGUGGGUCACCACAAGGCCUGGGUCAUGUUGCUGUUAAAUAAAUGCUCCACAGCCUCA